AUGGAGCAAAAGACGAUUGUCGAGUUGCGGCGCCUUAAUUCACCACCUCGUGGUGUUGACGAUGUGGUAACAGCUUUCUUGUUACUUUUGGAAUAUCCCCCGAACGAAGUAAAAGAUUGGAAUAAAUGUAAGAGUAUUUUGUCCAGGACUGGAGAGAAAUCAGUUAUGACUAAAGUGUCUCAUUUUGACCCUUUGUACUGCUCCCCAGAAACUGCCCAGAAGUCAGAGGACUUGUUAGCACCAUACACGAUAGAAAUCGUCAGGAACAAAAAUCUCUAUGCUGCAAAAAUGUACACAUGGACAAAAUCAAUGAUAGAAGAAGUGAAGGCGAGCGGUGGGGUUCAGAAAUAG